UGUCCGGCCGGCGGGCGGAUGUGCCCUUCUUCCAUCUGGGUCCUACCGUUCCUUGAUUCUCGCUAGCUAGAAAACUUGCCUUGAUUCUCAAACUCUGCGUCAACUGCCCUUUCAAAAUCACAGUUGCUGAGGGGGACCAAAAAUGGUCUUAACGUUCGUUCAUCUCUACGGUACAAAAAAGAAUUUAGGGCCUAAGCUACCAUUCUUCUAAGCUUGGACCAACCAUUCUGCAAUAACCCCUGCGCUCUUAAAUGCGUGUCACGUAGAUUUCGUGUCUUGGGUUCAUCUUGUGUGGCUUUGGGUUCUCAAAGAGAGAGAGAGAGAGAUGGCUUCUACGGACGAAGAGAGACCACUGAUAGAAGAUGGUGAUGCUCAAGAAGUAGUACAGAGAGAUUUAUCUCUGGAGACUGAGAGUGUCGCUGGAGAUGGCUCAGUUGACAUCAAAGGGAGGCCUGUUCUGAAGAAUAGUACUGGAAAGUGGAAAGCGUGCCCCUUCAUUCUAGGUAGUGGAGGUUGCGAACGUUUGGCCUUCUAUGGGGUUUCCUCUAAUCUUGUUAAUUACCUUACCGGCAAACUACAUGAAGGAAAUGUCUCCGCUGCAAGAAAUGUUACCACUUGGCAAGGCACUUGCUAUUUUAUACCCCUCAUUGGGGGUGUCUUAGCUGAUGCUUACUGGGGAAGAUAUUGGACAAUGAUAGUUUUCUUUGCAGUUUAUCUUAUUGGGAUGUGUACGUUGACUCUUUGUGCAUCAAUUCCUGCAUUACAGCCUGCAGAAUGUGUGGGUUCGGUAUGCCCUUCAGCUACAGCAGCUCAGUAUGCAGUAUUCUUCAUUGGACUCUAUUUGGUUGCACUAGGGACUGGUGGGAUCAAACCAUGUAUUUGGCCCUUUGGGGCGGAUCAGUUUGAUGAUACUGAUCCUAGGGAAAAGGGAAAGAAGGGAUCCUUUUUCAACUGGUUUUACUUUUUCAACAACAUUGGUGCUUUUAUAUCAACUAGUUUAGUGGUUUUGGUUCAAGAAGAUGUUGGGUGGGGUCUUGGAUAUGGCAUUCCUACAUUGGUUAUGGGCAUUGGAAUUGCGAUUUUCUUUUUAGGCACCCCCUUCUAUAGAUUACAGAGACCAGGGGGAAGCCCUCUUACAAGAAUUUGCCAGGUCCUGGUUGCAUCAUUUCAUAAGCGAAAUGUAGAGGUUCCAGCUGAUACUAGUCUCCUCUAUGAAACCCAAGACAGAAGAUCCACCAUUAAAGGAAGUCGUAAACUGGACCACAGUGAGGAGCAGAAGUGCCUUGAUAAAGCUGCUGUAGUCUCAGAUGCUGAUAUCAAAAGUGGAGACUUAUCCAAUCCGUGGCGGCUUUGCACUGUGACACAGGUGGAGGAAUUGAAGAUUUUGGUCCGAAUGUUUCCAAUCUGGGCGUCUGGAAUUAUUUUUUCUGCUGUUUAUGCGCAAAUGUCUUCAUUAUUUGUGGAGCAAGGGAAGAUGAUGGACAGAACAAUAGGCUCGUUCACCGUUCCUGCAGCCUCUCUCUCAAGUAUCGACAUCAUAAGUGUUGUUAUUUGGGUACCUAUCUAUGAUAGGGUGAUUGUCCCAAUUGCAAGGAAAUUUACAGGCAAUGAGAGGGGCUUCUCAGAGUUGCAAAGGAUGGGAAUUGGCCUCUUUCUGUCAGUCCUUUGCAUGUCGGCUGCUGCCAUCGUAGAGAUUGAGAGAUUGGAGCUUGCAAAAGAGCUUGGUUUAGUUGAUGAAGAUGUUGCUGUACCACUUAGCAUAUUGUGGCAAAUUCCCCAGUACUUCAUGUUGGGUGCUGCAGAGGUAUUUACAUUCAUUGGACAGCAUGAGUUCUUCUAUGAACAAGCACCAGAUGCCAUGCGUAGUUUAUGCAGUGCAUUGUCACUUCUAACGAAUUCUUUGGGAAAUUACUUGAGCUCUUUGAUUUUGACUAUUGUGACUUACAUCACAACAGAAGGUGGGAGUGUUGGAUGGAUACCAGAUAACUUGAAUGAGGGCCAUCUUGACUAUUUUUUCUGGCUUUUGGCUGGUCUCAGCGUCUUAAAUAUGUUGGUGUAUAUCUUUUUUGCCAGAAAGUACAAACAGAAGAAGGCUUCCUAAGGUUCAGGCCUUUUGUAAUCCCUAUUUGUUGUUCGAGUUACUGGUUCUUGUGGUUUAUCUGUUCUACAUAUGCAAUUGGUUCUACAUGUGCAGUUGAACAGCAUGUGUGGGGGCAUGUGAAUUUGUACAUUGUUGGUCCAAAUGAUUACAAACAUAAAUGGUUUCAUUGUUAAAUUUCCUUCCACAUCGAAGGAAAAUGAUUGUGUUAUGUCUAAGUUGAAAAUGAUUACAUGUAAUUGUCUUA